GUGAGCUCAAAGUUUCAUCUCUAUCCCGUUCCCCCAUGGAUUCCUCUUCCAGGUCGGCUGGCGGCGGUGGUGAUGACGGCGGGAGCCGCCAUCGAAGCCAUGGGAGUCAGGUGGAAGGAAGCAUGCCCCACGACAGGAAGGCGAGAGCAAAGGAGAAAGAGAAGAAGCGGCCCAGCGAGCAAGGGGAGGAGAGCGACCAGCGGCGCCGGGAAGAAACUGAGCGGGGAGGCGCGAGGCGGCGACGCGAGCGCGAGGGCGUGGACUACAAGGAGGAAGAGAAGAUCGAGAAGAAGAGGUCUAGCGGGCGAGGAAGGGAUAGCGACCGGAGGCGCGAAGGAAGUACGUGGGAAGUCGUGAAGCGGCGACGCACGCUCGAGGACGAGGACUACUCGGAAGAGAGUGGGAGGCGGCGGAGCCAAGAAAGGGAGGAAGAGGAGAAGCGAUUGCUCCACGAGAAAGAAAAGAAGGCGGGGAGGGAGGAGAAAGAGAGGCGGAGCUACAGGAGCCGCGAGGAAGAGAUGAGGCGGCAGCGAGAGAAGUUGAGCCGCGAGCAAGACAGGAUGGCGGAGAGGGACAAGCCCAGGGGAAGCUACUCGAGCCGCGGGGAAGAGGUCAAGCAGCAGCCAGAGAAGUUGCUCGGCGAGCCAGAGAAGUACAAGCAGCAAGGGAAGGACAUCAAGCAGGAGCGGGUGAGCAGAUGGGACAAGAAGACUCCUACCGACUUCCCGCCUAGCUGUCCUUUAGCGCCUCCCAUUGAAGAUGUGACAACUUUAUCAAAUAAGAAUGAUCACAGAUCCAUAGUUUUGCGUAAUGUGUUCGAUAGAACUGUGAAGAGUGUGGGUGAUGAAUUUUAUGAUGGCAUCAGUCAUGAUUUUGCGGAGAAGACAGUCCGCUGUGGACAAGUCCAUGACACUUAUGUGGAUAAGUACUAUGGAAAUGUCUACAUGCUAUUUGACUCUGCAAGUUCUGCAAACAAGGCCGUGCAGAAGUUGGAUGGGACUUACUAUGGUGACAAAUUGAUAACCGCGUCAUUAUACGAUACUGGAAAGUUCAUGACACUGCACUAGGCUAAGGAGCUGGGACAUGUGCUGAGCCUGAAGAAAUACUUUAUUAAAUUAACGAGGGGCUAAUUAGGAGCAACAUGGGAAAAAUCUAUUGGAACUGUAGGACUUACAAAUGAUCAAUGCACUUGCAUUAUGAAUCGCAGAGAGUUGCGAACUAGUAUUGGAUGUGCAAACUAGUAUUAGAUGUGCAACUGCUCAACUUCACUUUGAUAAGCAGCAGUUUGCAGUCACUGUUUUGUGCUUAAUCAAAUUGAUUGUUGAAAUGGUGAUUGUAAGUCACUUGCCAAAGAAGCCAAGCAAUCUACAUUGAUUAGGUUAAUAUUA